AAAAAAAUAUAUAUAUAUGUAUAUAUAUAUAUAUAUAUAUAUAUAUAUAUAAAUUUACCGCCCUGAAAAAGAUUCGGCAGAUGAAGUUAUUUGGCGCUUAAUCAAGCUUGCAAAAUUGUACAUAGUGUGCACUUUCAAGUAUGUCUGCCAUUUUUAUUGAUUCAAUCAAUCGAUAUAAUUUAUUGAUUGAAGAAAUUAAUAAUAAUUUUCUUAAUGUUAAUUCUUAGCAACUAAAUAAAAGUUGCAAUGCAAUCUUAGGACAAUAAGACAUAUAGAAGGCACGAACUAAGUUUUUGCUUAUUCAAAUUAUAUGUAAAAAUAUUGGCAUGAAAUAAGAUUCUAGUGAUAAGAUCACUAGUUUAAUGAUUAUUUCAUAUUGUGUUAUCAUAAAUUUGAUAGCACUCAAAAAUUAAUGACCAAUAAAUAUAUGAUUAUUUAAAAAUAGAAAAUAGAACUGUUCUAUUUUCUUAUUUUAGUCUUUUUUUUUUGUAAAAAAAAAAUAACGCAUUAAUUUAAAUAUUUUUAAAAAAUUAAUUAAUCUAAAAAAUGCUUUUAAUUUAUAUUUUUAAUAAAUAAUACAUAAUUAAUAAAAAUUAAAGUAAUAAUUAUACUUCGUUCGCGCCUCGUUUAUAAAUUAAUUCAAUGCGCAUGCGCUUGAGUUGUCUUUAUUGUGAGUAUCGAGCUGUAAGCAUAGUAUAAACGUUAGGCAAAAUAGAGAAGAGGUUAUCGUGUGCGUCUAUAAUUUGUAUGUGUUUUUCAACAUUUCUAAUCGAAAGAAUUUUUAAUUUUGAAUUAAUUAAAAAAAAUUUUGGUGUGUUAUUUGAAUUAGUAUAAGAAAAAGCCAAAAUGUCGAUCGGAGUACCGAUAAAAGUACUCCAUGAAGCGGAAGGUCAUACCAUAACCUGUGAAACAAAUACUGGCGAAGUAUAUCGCGGCAAAUUGAUAGAAGCCGAAGACAAUAUGAAUUGUCAAAUGCAAAAUAUUACUGUAACUUAUAGGGAUGGUCAUGAGGUGCAAUUAGAAAACGUUUAUAUUAGAGGUUCGAAGAUUAGAUUUCUCAUAUUACCAGAUAUGUUGAAGAACGCGCCAAUGUUUAAACGACCAGGAGGAAAAGGUUCAGGAACCGCAGGCAGAGGAAAAUCUGCUAUCUUACGUGCCCAAGCUCGUGGAAGAGGUAGAGGUCAAAAUCAAAGAGGUAGAGGAACAGGUUCUGCACCUUGGCUUAAUCAGCAAAAUCAACCAGGAGGAUCUCAAGCAGGAAGAGGACGAGGUUAAAUUGUAUUAUAAUAGGAAAACUUAUAAUAAGAAAAAAAUUAUUGAAUUGAAUCUGUAACUAAUCUUUUUAUAUCGUUUAUAAAAGAUGUUUCAAUAAAUUCCAUUUGAUUGCAAAAA